AUGUCAUCUAAAAACUAUAAAUUGAUUCAUUAGAAAAUUCCAAAUACUACUCGUUAUAGAGAUGAUCAAUUACCAAUCAAUAAUAAAUACUAUGUUCGAUUAACAUAAGAUUCUACUAGAGUUCUAGAUUUGAUUGAAUAGGAUAAAUAAAUUCCACAUAAAUCAAUGAUUGAUCGAUUUUGGGGAUACAAAACAUAAAGACUACCUGAACCUAUACAUUAAGAAGAAAAACAUGUUCAAUUGCCUUAGGAAGUUAUUCUUUAAUAAGAAAAGCAAGAAAUUCUACCUUAAAUCGAAAAAUAACCUGAAACAUAAAUGAAGAAAACCAUUAGCCUAAAAUAAUUUAAGGAAAGUUUGCUCUAUGAUGAAAGAACUAGUUCUAUACCUAAAACUACUAUGCAUAAUCAUAUCGUUGAAGAUUUAAUAAGAGAUAGUGAUAUUUUCUUAAAGAAACCUGAAUUAUUAGAGCAAGUGCAGAAUUUGAAGAGAUUAAAAGUGCUAAAGAAAUAUGAAGCUAAUCAGUAAUUUUUAAUUCAUAUUUAGUUCUAACCUUCCUGGAGUAGGUAAAUUACCAUAUAUUAUCAACGAUUAUCAUUCAAAAAGCACCAAUCCUGGAUACUCUAGAAAUAAUAAAGGAAAUUUUUUUACAAGAUGA